UUUCCCAAGUCUGAGUAGUCAGGUUUCAGUUUUCCUGGUAGUCUGAUUUCUCAGGAUCCAAUCUGGGCAUAGAAGUCUCUUGCUGCAAGACGUUAUUUCUGUUAGAUACUCUACAAUGGUUAGCGGACUCAUUUCCGCUGCAAGUGGUAGGCCUCCUGCUCCUCGUGUGAAUACUAGGAGUGGUGGAAGGCGUGGGUCCCCUGUACGUGAGGGGGACCGAAACUCUUCAUCUCAGCAUAGAGAACGAUCUCGUUCUCCUCGUCCUGGCGGAGGUAACGGCGCAGUUACCGCUUUGGAUUUGCUGAGUGGCGCGCGUCAAGACCCUGUUCAGCACGUCGAAAACGCGGCAGGGGACGCGGAUCGGCGUCAUCAUGAGCGCGAUCUCAACGCCCCAGCGCCCCAGAUUCGCCAGGAUCGCCAGGAUCGGGACCGGGAUCGCGCAGAUCGCCGCACAGAUUUUGCUCCUGCCGCAGUGAAUCCGCGCGGGAUUCCGCAGAUCUCGACCCCUGGAGCAGCAGAAAUCGCCGAAAUGAUUGCGCGCCUGGAUCCUGCAGCCCAGCGCAAUCUCCAGCGAAUCUUCACAGGAGCUGCUGGCGAACGCGUUACAGCACGCUCCACUGCAUCUACAGCGCCUCAUUCUGCAGAACAUAAUUCUGCUCGCUACACCGACAACAAUGUUAACGCCGGCACCAACAACGAGGCCAUUCACCACGUUCUUGGUCUUCUCGCGGCGCUCCAGCGUGGCAAUGGCGCCGAUCCCGCACCGCCACCGGAACCAGCACGCGUCGCAGCGACGGUGGCCCCACGCUCUCGCCUCCCGGCGCCCGCCCCCGAGCCCGUUGACGACGAAAUGGACGAGGAAGCACCCCAUGCCACGCUCGACGAAGGUAAUGCCGCCCGCCCGAAAUCCGCUUCUGCAUCGCUCACCCUCGCUCCUAUUCCACCUGCACGUCCUCAGUUGCGCUCUUCCUUAGUUAAAAGCGAUGGAAUUCGUACGCAACUUUUUAGUUUUGAGCGCAUUCAAGCUAUUGCACGUCAUGCUAUCUCGGUUUUACCACUUGACGGUGGAGAACAAGCCGCCGACUAUCUCCAGCAGAUAGUAGAGGAGGCGGAAGAGAAGAUUCAUUUUUUGUUUACCGCCGAUCAACGCGGUUUCGAAGUGGCCAAUAUGGCCCUUAAGAUUAAGUAUGGGGAAGUGGUAGAGGAUAAGAAUGUGAAGGCCGCUUCUCAGAUUGUAGCGGCCAGCAAGAAGAGGCCCACUCGGCCCACCCAUCCCACCUCCCGUCCUGAACCCCCUCUUCGCCCUCGCGGCCAAGGGGAGCGCCUUUGGAACACAUGGCGUAGGGACGGCGACGGCCGUUGUUUCUAUUGCCGUGAACCCGGGCAUGGGAUGGCUAAUUGCCCCCAAAGGGGCCAAGGGGCCAAUCGGCCAGCUAAGAUUGUGUAAAAGCUCGGAACCAUUUCGGCCUAUGCCGAUGACGCAACCAAGAUUACCCGCAUGCAAGGCCGCCUCCGUGACCGCGCUGCAUGGUGGUCCGCCUGGUGCGACAGCCGCUUGAUUCUAUCGGUGAUUACAUCUGGAUAUCGCCUACCAUGGGUUGCCUCUGAGCCCCCUCCGUCUCGUACUAAGAACCAUGCCGGUGCUUUGCAAUUCACCUCUUUCGCCGUAGGCGCAGUGGCCGAGCUUCUCGCCACCGGCGCAGCUCGGGUCGUUCCUCCUUCCACAACCCUCACAUGCGUUAGCCCCUUAAACGUGAUUGUCCAACCCUCAAAAAAGAGACUGAUAUUGG